CGAUACGACAACUACACAUCUCGAUUUGAUUUGGUCUAUAUUUUAAAUAAAAAACAGUGGAUCGAUACUUGAUUUCAUGUUUUUAAAAACAAUUUGAAGCUGCAUUAAAAUCUUAUAAUGGCUGGGUCAGCAUUGCGACGGCUUAUGGCCGAAUAUAAACAGCUUACAGUUAAUCCACCAGAGGGAAUCAUUGCCGGGCCGAUCAACGAAGAAAAUUUCUUCGAAUGGGAAGCUCUAAUCACUGGGCCAGAAGGGACAUGUUUUGAAGGUGGCAUAUUCCCGGCAAAGUUAGUAUUCCCUCCAGACUACCCGCUGAGCCCUCCCAAGAUGCAGUUCACUUGCGAAAUGUUUCAUCCAAACAUAUAUGCUGAUGGGCGUGUCUGCAUAUCCAUUCUCCAUGCGCCCGGAGAUGAUCCCAUGGGGUAUGAGAGCAGCGCUGAGAGGUGGUCGCCAGUUCAAAGUGUUGAAAAAAUACUGUUGUCAGUAGUCAGUAUGCUAGCCGAACCUAACGACGAGAGUGGAGCAAAUGUUGACGCAGCAAAAAUGUGGAGGGAGGACCGAGAACAAUUUAACAAGAUUGCUGAAAGAUUAGUCAAAAACACGCUAGGAAUACCAACACAAUAAAACUCAUGUGCUAAAGUUACUGACUGAGCUUUAAUACAUUUGGUGGCUUGUAAACUAGUGUGAAAAUAUAUUUUCUGCAUAAUCUUUCUACACAUGGAGAAAAUAAAAUAUAUAUAGGUACUUACUCAAAGUUAUCUAAAGUAUGGCAAACAAUUAAAAUAUUUUACUUCUUGUAUGUAGUAUGUAGUUGUAGUUAGGGAUGUUUACAGUAUAUAAAUGUGUAAUGUUGACACAACACUUGAGAUAAAGAUUUGUGUUAAUAUCAAUGUAAUUAAAUGAAUGAUGAACGAUAUUAUAUUUGCACAAAGCUUAAACUUACUGCAGAAUAAUUUUAUUGUGUGAUAACUACUAUAAUAUAUAUAUGGACAUGUAAUUAUGAUUUUUAUAAAAUUGAUUUAUUUUUGUAAUGUAGACUGUAGUGCCAAGCACAGAGCGAAUUUUAUGACUUAUUCAUGUUACAUAUAUGUAUAGACUAUAGAUAUUUGAUUUACAACUUGCAAUGACGUAAACAUUUCGCCAACUGCAAAAUUAUCAUUGUGGACGUAGUACGCAGUGUGAUACAAACUAGUUAAUGAUGGAUUGGGAUUGGUUAUAACAUUUAGGUGUCGGCCAAUGAAUCAGGGGCUUGUAGGGCAUCGUCAAAAGCAUCGUCAAUGAACGAUGUCAGUUAGUAAAUAUGUGGUGAUAAAUAUUGGUAAAUUAGCGAAGAAAUAUAUUUUUGACGUGACAGCAUAGCGAAUUAAUAUUUGCAGUGUUUUUGUAAAUAUGUAAUAAUCAUGUACCUUUUAAAAUGUCUAUCUGUCUAAAUGUAAAAGUACCUACAUAUAUCAACUGAAAGAAAUCAAUAGACCUAACGUAUGAUAUUACCAAAGUGAAAUAAGUAAGCUUAGUGUGCUCACUCCAUGCAUUAGUUUCCUUAAUUAAUAAUUAAUAAUAAGUUGAGUGGGAGGUAUGGGAAAAUGUAUUAUUAAACUCGCUUAAAACUUACAUAAUACUUAUUAAGCUUAAAUUGUAUUCCUAAUAAAUUUUCGCAAAUCUCGUUUAAAACUUAUCAUAAAUGAGUUUAUAUCUAUGUAUAGACUGAGCACUCUAAGCAUACUUAUUGCUCUCUGGACAUUACGUAAAAUUAAUAAACGAAAUUUAUGGUAUAGGCCAAUCAAAAACAGCGUUUUAAGGAAUUAAUUCCCAGCAAGCUGGAAAUCGUUUUAACCUUCAUUUGGUCCUAAAUGUGUGUAAUCCGAGAUUGCGCAAUCCCAGAAGGUGUGAGCCUUGUUGUGAGCCAAAUUUGGGAGCCUUAGGACAAUAUUUUUCCCUUGGUUUGCCAAACCACUCGAUGUAUAUGAAACCCACCAUCAAUUACAAUGGCACUGCCGGCAAGCUUUAUUGGUGUCUCAGACGGGAACACCCAAUAAUUCCGAAAUAUGUUUUUCCCAAUUUCAUAAGCACGAUUUUCAUAAUCCCGAUUUUUUAUUAGUCCGAAAUAUCAAAAUUACGAUUUUUAAAUUCACUAAUGUGUUAUUUCCGAAAAUUUAAAAUCCGAUUGUCAUUUUACCGAAAGCUUAAAGUUCCGAUUUAACACUUUUCCGAAAAAAUGUUUUUCCAAAUUCUUAAAUUCCGAAAAACCAUUGUCCGAUCGGAAAUAAGAUAAUUCGGAAUUCAGAAAUUCGGUCUUUUGUAAGGUCGGAAAUAUGAAAUUCUUGAUAUUCAAAUGAAGACACGUUUCGUUUGAGAAAUUCGGUCUUUUGUAAGGUCGGAAAAAUGAAAUUCGUGAUAUUCAAAUGAAGACUCACGUUUUAGUUAUUAUUACGGGUGCCUGUCGUGCCUCAUCACGUUAAAUUCGGCAUAAAAUAUUUUUGGCAUAAAUAAAUUCGGAUUCGGCGAUUCGACCUCCAAGAAAACGAACUGUUGCCAGAUAAGUGUGUUAGGUUAGGUUAUAACUGCCAUAGUCGUGCAUUAGGGAGGCGCUGAAACACCAUAAAGUGCCUCCCUAUUUGUGUCAAAUAGUCGGGGCCUACCUUUCGGAGCGGUAUGUGGAGUAUCCGGUCCGGGGCGGCGGGCUGACAAGGUGGGAGACAUUGUGCGGUGUUCCACAGGGCUCGGUCUUAGGGCCGCUCCUGUGGAACAUUGGAUACGACUGGGUGCUGCGGGGGGAGCUCCUCCCUGGGUCAAGUGUGACUUGCUACGCAGACGACACGCUAGUCACCUCCCGGGGGACCUCGUACCGGGAAGCAGCACGCCUCGCCACCGUGACGGUAGCACAGGUGGUGAGACGCAUAACGAUGCUGGGUCUGGAGGUGGCGCUGCACAAGUCCGAGGCGCUCUGCUUCCACGCUGCCCGGAAGGCCCCACCUGCAGGAUCCAGCAUCGUCGUUGGUGGCACUCGAAUCGAGGUAGAGUCCAACAUGAAAUAUCUGGGACUUGUCCUCGACUCCCGCUGGAGCUUCCGCAAGCACUUUGCCCGCCUGACCCCCCGACUAAUGGCAGCAUCGGCCGCACUGAAGAGGCUGAUGCCCAACAUCGGGGGGCCGGAGGUUGCGAGCCGCCGUCUGUACAUGGGGGUGGUGCGAUCGAUGGCCCUGUACGGGGCGCCGAUCUGGGCGGUGACUGGUGGCCCGAAAUGUCGCCCUGCUGAGGAAGGCUCAGAGGGCGAAGGCCAUCAGCGUCGUACGCGGGUACCGCACCACCUCAUAUGAUGCGGCGUGCCUAUCAGCGGGAACGCCUCCUUGGGAUCUGGAGGCGGAGGCCCAAGCGGCCCUGUACGAGUGGCGCAGGGACCUCCGGCUCCAGGAGUACCAUCCUGCGCCCAGGGAAGUAGAGGCGCAGAGGCUCCUCGUCCGGCAGUCCAUCGUCCUCCAAUGGGAGGAAGAACUAGCUGGGCGCGAGGGAGGACACAGGACUGUCGAGGCGGUCCGGCCGGUCCUACAAGACUGGCUGGAGAGAGAGCGGGGCUCGCUAACCUUCCGGUUGGUGCAGGUACUCACGGGUCAUGGCUGCUUCGGGAGCUACCUGCACCGGUUCGCAAGACGGGAGGUGACGGCCGAGUGUCACCAGUGCAGCUGCGGCGAGAACACGGCGCAGCAUACCCUGGAGGAAUGCCCAGCCUGGGCGGGGCAGCGCCGUGACCUCAUGGCAGUGGUGGGGGACGACCUCUCCUUGCCGGCCGUAGUUAAGGCUAUGGUCGCCGACGAGAGGUCGUGGAAAGCGGUCCUCUCCUUCUGCGAGGAUGUAAUGUCGCAGAAGGAGGCAGCGGAGAGGGAACGGGAGGCCGACCCAGCCUCGCACCCGAUCCGCCGCAAGCGCGCAGGGGCUCGGAGGAGGGCGUAUGCCCAUCUCCUCCCCCCCACCUAGCGAGGUCUGGCGCCGCUGCCCAUUACAUAGGCCUCGCAGAGAAGGCGCGCGUGGUGUGCCCACGCGCCUUCUGAGGAGGCAGGGCUAGAAGUUACUCCCUAGCCCAAAGCAUUUUUCCAACGAAAAAAAAAAAAAAAAAGAACUGCGGCCCCGAAAUAAACGAACUCUUGCCAAAAGUGGGUUAGGUUAGAUUGGAACUGUGACCCCCAAGUAAACGAACUGUUGCCAGAAGUGGGUUAGAUUAGGUUUGAACUGCGACCCCCAAGAAAACGAAUUGUUGCCAGAAAAGUAGAUUAGGUUAGAUUAGAAUUGCGACCCUCAAGAAAACGAACUUUAACAAUAUAUUCGGAAUAUCGUUAUCCGGAAAUUUAAAAAUUGGGAUAUUUAAAAUAGGAAUAACGUCAAUUCGAAAUUAUAAAAUUCGGAAUAAUGGCAAUUCGGAAUUCGUGAUUUCAAAAAUCGUAAAUGUAAAAUUCGGCGUUUUUCACUGUCGGAAUUGUUAUAAUCGGAAUUAUGUGGUUCGGAAUUUAAAAUUUCGGAAUAAUGGCAACUCGGAAUUCGUGAUUUCAAAAAUCGUAAUUGUCAAAUUCGGUGUUUGUCACCAUCGGAAUUGUUAUAAUCGGAAUUAUGUGGUUCGGAAUUUACAAAAUUCGGCUUUUCGGAAAUAUAAAUCUUCGUUAUUUCACGACAGUCGGAAUUUUGAUAGGUCGAGCAUUUAAAAAUCGGAAUAAUAAAAUUCGGUAUUCUGAAAUUCGGCAUAACGUUUUUCGGAAUUAUGUAGUGUACCCGUCUCAGACAUGAAAGGGCGUUUUUGGAUUUUUAACAUGAUUAUACCAAAAAUAAAGAAAUUCAAAAUAGUGGCCAAUUUUUACAACUUUGACUUCGAAUUCAUAUUAAGGUAUCUUUCGGUUCCUCAGAUAUCAAUUUUUAUCAUGAUUAAAACAAAUUUUCCGUCGAACCUACCGUUUUCGAUCUAGAAGCCAAAAGCUGAAAAAGAGCAAAAAUUUGUGCACCUUAAAUUCCGCCAACUAGGAUUACACGCAUUUAAGAACAAAUGCAGGUAUUAAAACGAUUUUCAGCUUGAUGGGAAUAAAUUUUUCGAAAAAAUCUAAUUUGAUUGGCUUAGUCUAGUUUUUAAGAAGCCGUCGUUGAAUAUGACAGCUCGAACUGGUAGUCCAGUCGAGUUGCGAAUAAAUAAAAUGUUAGCCAAUAAAUGGAGUAUAUUGAAUACAAAUUAUUGUCAAUCGAUAAUUUCAAUUUAGUUCAUAUUUCAUAAAUUUAAAUAUUUUGUUAUUAAUUAUAAUACCUCCUAUAUAAUACAUACUGAAGUUCGAUUAGAACAUAUUCAUCUACUAAAUAAAAAGGUUUCAAUGAAAAAAAAAAAGCUUUAUUAAUGCUAUAAACAACAAACGUUCUACUCAAUCGAAAAUUAAAUUAAAAUUAAUUUGAAACCUCAGAAUGAUACUGUAAAGCACAAAUAAAAUGUCUGUAUAGACUUUGAAAGAGUGUUUUAAUUAUAACAUUACUUAUUCACAAUGUGAUUAGUUAAGACUAUUCCUUUACGGGUUGUAUAUCUAUUAAUGGUAAGGUGUAUUCCGAAAUUCCGAAAAUGGAGUCGAAAAUGAGUAAAUGGGUUUUUUAUUA